AUGUUUUGGUGGUUACUACUCGCGACCGCUGCUGUUGCCCUGGUGCUGUACCGCCGACAGAGGAGAGGAUUCCACAAGGUGUACAAUGCGUACCCGCUAGGACUACCCAGCUAUCCGCUCAUCGGCCAUGGGUACAUAUUCAGGGGUACAGAUGAAGAUCGCAUGAACUCCAUGAUGCAACUAGGGAAUGUAUCACUACAACAUGGUGGUAUCUGUUGUUUCUGGCUCGGUCCAAAAUUGUACGUCGUAAUCACAGAUCCCGAGGCGUUGGAGCUGUUGGCGAAGACAUGCCUUGAGAAAGAUAACGACAUGGUCAAGUUCAUUCGGCUCGUGCUUGGAAACGGGCUCAUAUUCGCUCCAGUUAAAAUUUGGCGCGCUCGUCGCAAAGUCAUGGCUCCUACAUUCAACAUGAAGAAUCUGCAGGAUUUCGUACCGAUAUUCGACAAGCAGAGCGUCAUUAUGACUGAGAAACUGCGCGAGCGCGUGGGCAGCGGUGACUUCUCCUUUUGGGACUAUGUCACAACUUACACUUUUGACGCUAUUUGCGAGACAGUUCUCGGCGUUGAAUUAAAUGCUCAGAAGCACCAAAACCACGUUUUCAUCACCGCGUUCGAUGUCAUCUCUCAGAUCCUCGCCCAGCGGAUGCUGUCGCCCUGGCUGUACUGGGAUUGGGUCUUCAAACUAACCUCACUCUAUAAGCUAUUCGAGGAUUGGAAAAAAAUUGCUUAUGAUUUUUUUGAUGAGACAUUACGUAAUAAAAGGAAACAACUAGCAACCGGUUUGUUUGAGAAUGAGCGUAAAACCUUCCUCGACAUGAUGCUCGAAUCUUCCGGACAAGCCCGAUACUCAGACGUGGAGCUUCGGGAGGAGAUUCUCUCAAUCAUGUCCGCUGGCACGGACACGUCGGCUGUUGGUACUGCGUUCACUGCUCUCAUGCUUUCCAGGCAUCCCACGGUCCAAGAAAAGGUCUACGAUGAAUUGAAAGAAGUAUUCGGCGACUCCGACCGGCCGGUGACAUGGCAAGACCUACCUAAACUGAAGUACUUAGAGGACGUGAUUAAGGAAUCCCUGCGCCUGUACCCACCAGCGCCGGCCGUGGUCCGAGAUGUUCACGAGACCAUCGUAUUACCGAACGGGACGACACUGUUGCCGGGCACAGGGCUCAUGCUGCACUUCUGGGGCACGCACCGCAACGUGCGGUACUGGGGCCCCGACGUGGAGCAGUUCCGGCCCGAGCGCUUCCUGGAGCCCCUGAGGCACCCCGCGCAGUACGCGCCGUUCAGCUAUUCACUGAGGAACUGCAUAGGUGCAAACUACGCCAUAAUGUCAACAAAGACGAAUUUAUCCAACCUGCUCCGCCGCUACAUACUGCUACCGCCAUCUAGCGUGCCGCCCGAGAAACUCGCAUGCCCGUUGCGAGUCAAGUUCGACAUCAUGAUGAAACAUUGUGACAAAUUUGAGCUCAGGAUUGAGCAUAGACACAAGGAAGAUAUCGGAUACACCGCGUAA